UACACCAAAACCCAUCUUAUAUAUAUAACCCUUCUACACUCUCUCCCUUUUGUACACUUACAUCACCCCCACCACCAUCAUCAUCAAGCUAACAUGUCUAGCAUUAGUCCCAGUUCCCGGAAUCAUAAUCCGUCGAAGCCCGUUAGCGUCCGCCGGGUUUCCAACAAUAUGCCUGGUUUAGGACAUGAAGAAGAAGAUGUCAUGUUGUUGCAUGACAAGUCUUAUAGUUGCAGUAAUGGGGGUGUUCUACAAGGGUCAGCUUUGGUUCCUAGAGGGCAUUGCAGUGAUGGAAAUGACAAGGAUUCGGGACGUGAAAGGCUUAAAAGACACCGAGAAGAGGUUGCAGGACGAGUUUUGGUACCAGAUAAAUGGGGUAAAGAAGAGUUGCUUAAAGACUGGAUGGAUUAUUCAUCGUUUGAUUCAUUGUUAGCUCCCACUGGACUUGCUUCAGCUCGUAAAGCGCUUAUGACUGAGGGAAGAAGGAGUAGUUCUCAAAGGUUGAUGAGGAUUCAAAGUAUGUGUUGAAUUAUUUGAUGUUGAUUUUCUGAUAUUAUUAUUAUGGCGAGAGCUUUAUCUGUUUCGGAUCAUAAAGUCUGUAAAUCUCAUUAACUGGCCACUGUUUUUAGGUGCUAAUAUGAAGUUUGAUUGAUAAAAAAUGUUUAUGCUGUUUUUAGCAUUUGCACUCUAUCAAUCCAUUACUGCUGAGAUCUGAUUACUGAGUCAGCCAUAUUUAUCUCUCUUGAUUGUAAAAUAUGCUUAUAUAUAUAUAUCUUUCUUUUCUGAA